UAAUGACUCAGCUAUGUGAGCUGCAACAGGCACAUAAUGUUCUGUAAAAAUCAGCAGAAAAAAAAGGAAAUAAGUGAGAGGAGGGAGCAUCAACAGUGCAGGAGAACCCUCGUCCCCGGGGAACGCCAAGAAAAACACCUCCAAACACAUUAGGACAGGAAAUGAGCUGGUCACGGAGUUAAGCUGUCUCCCUUCCUUCCUUUGUAUUUUGCAGGAGAUGAUCACACCCUCCUAGAUAUGCACUGACUUGAUUUUUGGAGCUGUUCAUAGAAAGCAUUCCUGGCUUAAGAGAUUGAUUAGGAGAACUUCAACAUGUGGAGCAGCAGGAAACUGCUUCUUGCUGCAGUUGUUUUUUCUGCCGUCUGCUGCAGAGUGAGUGCAGAGCUCCUGGAUGAGAGCCUGAACGUUGACCAGUACAUGAGGUGCCGUGAAGAGGCCCUGGAGGAGGUGGUGCGUUCAGGGCUGUUGGAAGAAGAGGUAAACCUCAGCAACGGCUUCUCCAAGUCAUGGAGGGACUACGAGGGCUGCUCAAUGCGGAUCCCUGGGGGACGGAAGGAGCACGCUGCUGCACUGGCUGCCUUCGCCAACAACGAGGAGCACGUCAACACCUUUAACGGAAGCGCGGACAAUCUGCUGGUGAACGUGACCUAUAAAAACAGCUUCGCCUUCAUGGGUCUCCACUUCUUGCUCAUGGACGCGCUGGUGCUGCUGGGGUCAAACCACUGUAAAACGGUGUACUUAGUAACAGGGAAGGAAUUCUCACUAAAGGCUGGCUCACAAGUCAGGUUCCAUACAUUCAACACAGCUUAUCAAAGCAUGAGUUCACUGGACACUGAUCUGGAAUCCAUGACGCUCUUUAACAUCAGUACUUGCUUCUUCGCCGACCUGCGGGACAACAGCUGUGUCAGACACAAGAACACGGCCCUGGUGUCUCCGGCUGAACAGUUCACCGUGGUGGGAAGCAGCGCCAGGAGCUACGAUGACGCCCAGUACACCGAGAUCGUCCUGAAGCAUUCUGGGGUGCUCAACUUCUACAAAUGCCCCGCGCCAUCACGGUCUCCGGCCGGCGUCUCCACCCAGUGGCUCGUGUCAUUGCUUGUGGCUUUAUCGCUCUUCUUCAGCAGCUCAGACUCCUGGGAGCGUUUGAUUGUUUAACAAUAGUGUGAUGUCUGCUAAUGAAGCUAAUUGAUUCUUUUGGCUGCGAAUAUAGUCGUAUCACUGGUUCAUUACUUUUAUUAUGUUAUAACAUACCGCUGUGUAUUAUGUUAUGAAUUAAAGACUGAAAUCUUUUCUCAUUUUAAUAAGAA